AUGUCCCGAAGAGGAUUCGAUACUUCCCUCUCCUCAAGGAGCAAACCAAAUCGAAAGAACUCUGCGACUAUACCAACACCAGAUCCAGAACAUGCCAUAUCCCAUGUACCUACUCAUACUUCCUCCGAACGCGCCGCUCUAGACCAGAACAAGAAGAAUGGAACGAGCACCAAGACAAAUACGAGCGAUGAACAGAGUCCUGCCGAGGUGGAUGAUGAUGUUUGUUUCAUCUGUGCUGAACCGAUCACAUUUUGGAGUGUGGGUGUAUGUGGACAUAGGACUUGCCACGUUUGUGCUGUUCGUUUACGAACGUUCUAUAAAAAAACAGAUUGUACAUUUUGCAAAACACCUUUACCAUCUCUCCUAUUCUCCCGAUCUCCCUCGGCUCCUUUCCCAUCAGAACAUCACAUCACACCUUCACCAGCCAAUGUGAUCGCCGAAGCUCAAGCGAAGAUAGAAAGUCUACCAAAAGGUGCGAAAUGGGACGAAGGCAUUAUACAUCCCGGAACGUUGGAUAUCAGUGCUUUCCCUUAUGCGGAUGAUAUCUUGGGUGUAGUCUUUGAAGAUGAAGAUAUGAUGGAUGCCACUCUGCUGUUACUUCGAUUCAACUGUCCGUACACCGACUGUCCAUACCAAGGAACCAACUGGCAGUCACUCGAGAAACAUACACUAGCAACUCACGGCUUGAUGAUUUGUGGUCUAUGUAGAUCAACCUUAUCAAGAUUCGCGCAUGAACAAGGGCUAUAUCCACCCAAUUUGAUUGGAUUACACGAUCCAUCCAGAUUGAAGAGAGGUCAAAGACCCCCUAGACCUAGGGGAAAUGAAGUGGAGAUGGUUAAAGGGUGGGAUGCACCUCAUCCAAUGUGCGAGUUCUGUCAUCUAGGUUUCUUCGGACCAGAUGAACUGUUCAAACAUAUGAGAGCGGAUCAUGAAGAAUGCUUUGUCUGUAAGGAUUUGGGAGAUAGAGAUGUCUAUUUCCAAAACUACGAUUCUUUAGCCAAGCAUUUCAACCAAGAUCACUUCCCUUGUCCUCAGCCGGUUUGUCUCGAGAAGAAGUUUGUUGUCUUCGGCACUGAUAUGGAUCUGAAAGCCCAUAUGAUAUCAGAGCACUCCGAAUCGAUGUCAGCUCGUGAUAGAGCACAGUCUCGUCAGAUCAACGUCGACUUCUCCUCUGGCGGCUCUUCCACCGAUCGAAGAUCUCAUGGAUCAAGAGGAUUCACUCUGGCCCAGCCGUUCGACCCUUCUCGUGGAGGACCGUCGAGAAUCAGGGAAGGUCCAAGCCACCAGCAACUUGAUCAACCUAGCUUGACACCUGCUCAGAGACAACAGCAGGAAAGACAAGUAAAUCGAGAUAGACAGGAAGAAAACAGGAGAAGAAAAGCUUUCGCAACUGGAUUGACCAGACCCGACGAUCAAGGGUCGAGAGUCACCCAACAAGCUGAACAGAGCGGAAGUGGAUUUUCGACUCCGAGGGAAAGAGAUGAUGUUGAUGAAGCUACUGCGACACGACACGCCGAACUUCUCUCGAGAGUUUCGAUGUUAGUUUCGGAUUCACCUACCAAGCUAUCCUCUUUCCGAUCUGCCGUUCGAUCUUAUAAGAACAACGAAUCGACAGCAAAAGAUAUGGUUGAUACGAUCUUUCAUGUCUUUGACAGAGAUCUGGAUACUACUACUGGUAUAGUCAGGGAAAUAUCGAGUUUGUUCAGUGGUGAUGGUGAUGGAGAGAAGGGUAGGAACGUUUUGGAAGCUUUGAAUGCGUUCAGAGUUGAGCAACAAGAACAAUUCCCUUCGUUGGGAAACGUCACUCCCCAAGGACUAGGAUCAAACUACGCUGGAAUCACCUCAGGGCAGAUCCUCAAUGCCAAACGAUCCACUCGGACGGCCGGAGGAGGCGGUGGAUCAGGUUCCAGAACCGUAUGGAGUCGUGUGGAAGCUGCAGCAGCAUCUCAUCCCGUCAAUCGCCCAACAGCUACGACAGGGUCGAACGGUCGAUAUGUUCCUGGAUCAGGUGCUAGAGUACCAAUCUCUUCAACUUCGGCAUUCCCUUCUCUCUCUGGACCCUCUUCCGGUACUGCAAAACCAUCACAUUCUACUCCUUGGGCAGGAGGCGGUGGAGGAGGAUCGUCUUCCAAGACACCAUCGGCAUUAGCUGGACCUCAGAUCCGAUCUGUCAAUUUCCCUGUAGCCACAAAGGCUAAACCGUUAAAUAAUAAUGCGUUCCCCAGUUUACCUUCUAGUUCGAAUAAGGGAUUAUCAGCGGACGAGAAGAAAGCUUUGUUUUCGAAACCGAAUCCUAGGGAUGAGAGUAUAAGGAGGAUUAUUGGGGCGAACCCAAACCCACCGCCAAGUAAUGGAUGGGGAACUAGUACGAAUACGAAUACGAAUACGGUCAAUAUGGAGAAUAUGAGUAUUAGUGAAUCACCGGCUGAUAAUUCAACAAAUACGCAGUCACAACAAGGAGGAGGAGGAAAAAAAAAGGGCAAGAGUAAACAGUUGUUGUUUAGUGUUAGUGCUAGACCGCAGGGUGGACCUUCUCAUGGGUAA